CACCUGUUCGAUGUCGCCAAAUCUCGCGAAUUGAAGUCUCGCAAAUCGCGAGAAAGAUUGCUUACCCACCGUCCCGUGCGCGGUUGCCAUGGUGCUAGGCAACACUCAGAUAGGCUUUCCCCCAGCUGUAAGGUUGUUUCGGCACAGUUACGUGGCAACCCGGAGAAAGCGUGUUGUGCCUAAAUUUCAGGGACGAUUCUGCGAUUUCUAGGCUGAUUCCUGGCUCGAGUAGACCUUCAAGAUGACGAUGACAUCCAAGAGAGACCCUUACCCCUUCCCAAAGCUGGAAAGCGACGAUAAUUUUGUUGGAGCGAGGCAGUCUCAGAUGCCCCCCUACUCCGUCCCUCCCCACAUCGCCCAGUCCCAGGACCCGUGGAACAGACUCAACCACAAGGCAACCCUGUCCAGCCAGCGUAGGGAGGCACACUACUAUGACCCACAGGCCCCCAGUGACAGCCUAGACUUUGUGCUGAAGUCCACAUACGACCAACACGAUCGGUUCUUGUACGACAAACCCAAAACUCUGGUACAACCAGAAACUGUGGGCCUACCACACGGCCGGAUCUUGAAGAAUCGCAUCAAGUACGUGCCGCCCCCGUUUGACCCCGCGGACCCGCCCCUGAGGGUGUGUGAUGCAGACAAAAAGGAGCCGGUCCACAGUAACAAGGGGGGUGCUAUUGAGAGCCACCACAGUGCAGCCACAAACCAAGGAUACUCAAGAAAACACGACGGCGGAUUUUACACCAUUUAGGUCUGAUAAAUUACUAGAAAUACCAAAUUUCACUCUUCCACUCAAUCAUACGUACAACAAAAUGUACUUCUCUUUGUCGGAUUUUACCAACCAUUGUAUAAAAGGCUGUCAAGUGUAUAUAUUACUGACAUCAUUUUGCCAAAUGCAUGAGAGUAGCACUAGUCGUAGAGGAAAAAUGCACUGUUGCCAAUGAGAAAUUAUGCUGCAUAGAUACUCAAGUGAACAAACAUCAUAGAAAAAGAACUUUCAAAACAAUGUAUAAAAGAACUCUGUUGUUUAAAUACACUCUUUUUUAACAUGCAGGUGAACUCAAUGUCUACUAUGUACUUAAACAUAGAAAAAAUUUUUUGGAAAUAGUUGUCCUAUAGUCUUACCACUUCUUACAUGAAAGAUGGGAAAAUGGCAUUUGAACUUAGGAUGAUCUU